AUGGUCAAUUAUUGGUUGCUAUUGGUCAAGACAGGUAUGAACCAAUUUUACCCUCUAGCAUGGGCAGUGGUUGAUAAAGAGACCACGAGGACUUGGAGCUGGUUCUUACAGCAGUUGCAACACUCACUUGAACUCCAUAAUGGCAAAGGAAUAACCUUCAUAUCAGACAUGCAGAAGGGACUGCUUGAUGCAGUAAAGAAUGUACUGCCUGAAGCACAUCAGAGAUUUUGUGUAAAGCACAUUGAGGCAAAUUGGUGCAAAAGGUGGAGUAAAGGUGAGUUGAAGAAGCUUCUGUGGUGGGGUGCAUGGUCCUCCUAUGCUGAGGAGUUUGGAGACCAACAGAAUGUAUUUAAGUGUAUUGGACGAACCGUCACGAAAGGACUUGUCAACAGGUAUCCUCCUUAA